AUGGUCGACACUUUUCAGAACGAGUCCGGGCUUGUCUCGACGGCGCCUCGGCCAAUUCGCAAGAAAUUCGCCAAACCGCCCGUCAAAGUAGCUUGUUUGCCUUGGUACGCCCUCAAUGGCUCCCCGGCGACGUCGCUCAGUCGAGGAUUUGUGCUAACGGUCAUCCCUAGUCGCGCUUCCAGAACACGCUGUGGCGGGCAGGAACCUUGUUCCAAUUGUGUCGCCAAAGACCGAAAAUGCUCGUAUCUGCCCAGCAAACGGGGUGGGCCACGAAAGAAGAAGCAAAAGGCCUCGCCCUCUCCGGAAGAAGAGGCCCCGCAUGAAGAUGCACAGUAUGCUGUGGAUCCCUCCGCGGAGUUCGACGAACCGCCGGGGAUGUUCACUCAAAUCGACGUGCUGUCUCUACCGGGCGCUGGGUUGAGGCAUAUAGAUUUCCCACAAGUGGGCUCUCUAUUUCAGGGCUUCUAUGCUGGAGAUGAAAGUCCGUCUCAUGUUCAUAUGGAGCCUAUGCCGUCCCCCAUGAGUACAACGUCAUGUCUGGUGAGAACUUACGGGAGUGAACCAGAAAUUUUGAACGCCUAUUAUGAUUUCAUUCAUUCAUAUUUCCCCAUCUUGCCUCCCCGGGCAUCGUCACAGUUUCAAGACCGCCCAUUGCAUUGUCCAGUCUCUCCUGGGCCGUCAUCGGAGCCUCUUAUGAUGUAUAGGCCUCGCUCGCCGCUGAGUCUGGCGAUUUCAGCAAUCCUGGCACUAAUUCCACAUCCUGAUGAUCCGGAACCAUCUUCACCUGCGUCCGUUCUUCAGCGGAGGACGUACGCACAUACAUUUGCGCAACUAGCUAAUUCAAUCAUCGAGACGGAAUGUGAUCUGGAGCUGUCCUCCACGGACCCUGGUCAAGCAUUAUCCAGUGCGCGGCCUUCAGUGAAUCGAGAGAGGCUUCACCCUAUGACUCCGGAAGAUCUCGAGACUCUUCUAGCCCUGCUGAUUCUCUCGGUAUAUGAGUACUCUCAAAGGGGAAAUCUUCUCAAGAUGAGAUAUCGCGCUGGCCAAGCUUUGGCGCUUGCUCUGGACAAGUCUCUUCAUUCCUGCAUGGACAACGAUGAAUGUUCUGAGGCUCGGCGAAGAGCUUGGUGGAUGACGUACUAUUGCGUCAUUCAAGGCUCUAUUGUGAGCACCACUCCCCCGACGAUAGUCAUCAAUGACCCGCAAUUUACGACUCCACACCCACGUUUCGAGUCGGAUGCUGAGGGCUGGUCCAUUCUUAUCCAAGCACAACAAGUCUUGGUAUCAGCGACUCAGUUCAUCUCCGAUCUGAACAAGAGUCUCACAUCACAAUCGGGUCUCCAUUACAUAUUUGAACGCAUGCAGCAACUCGAUUCCUGGACAAACUCGGUGCUUGCGCAGACAGAUAUGCUUCCAAUGGUUUCUCACGAGCCGGACUUUGACGAUCGUCGCGAGACAAUAACUGCUCAGAGCAUACGGGCAAUCUCCCGGAUCAAGCUGUCAAGUGCACAAAUUAAAACUCAUCGGUUCCGAGCAUUCUCCGAUAUACCCAUCUUCAUCAAAAGACACUGCGACCUAACAGCCGCAAACGCAAUCAACGCAUCAACAGAGACAAUCACAAAACCGACCAUUCAAGGAUCAACAAUAAACAACGUCUCCUGCUCAUGCAGUAAUCUCGAUCACUUCCAACGGGCUUCAUCAACGGAAUACAUGACCCCAUCCGACUCCUCAACUUCAUCCGACAUCCACCCAUACAUCCCCCAAUACCCACAAUACCCCUUUGCAUCCGGUUUCCCAUACAGCCCACAGCACUCUGCAAAGAUUUGUCUGCAAUCCGCACUCACUAUUUCCCGCAUGUUCGAGGCCUUGCCGUAUCCCCAGCCACUGUCCGAAAACAGGCAUCGGCAACAACAUCAAUCAGGACAACCCCUGCCUCGAACAAUGCCCUCUUUUGCAUGCUGUCUUAUGCAAAGUAGCUAUGCGAUGUUCAUGAUUUUCUACAAGGCCCGUGUGGCGAAGCAACUAUCGCCAGACGUGGAGAGUGUGCUUGCGAGUGAUGCGACAGAACAGCUCGUGGAAGAGCUUAGACGGGGACUGGAGCGGAUCAUUGCGGCUGUUUCGAAUUAUUCGUUUGCUUUCGAGGCGUUGGAUGGGAUGCGAGACGAAAUUCAGGGUGCAUAUCAAACGGCGUUCCCUUCUGCAUCUGUUUAG